AUCUGCUGAUGCGAAUCGGGAGACGAGGUGGGGGGCGGUUCCCGCGGCUGGGCUUGAAUUGCCGGUAAAAUACAAACUGCCGCCGGGAGCCCCAGGUCUGACUUGCUCCUGAAUCAAUUGGCUCCAUCUCUCCUCUGAAACAAAGGGGACUGUUCAUGUGAAAUCAGCAUGGCUGGGACAUUGGGACCUCACAGCGGGACUCAUGAUGAAAACUACUUAUAUGCAUGAGGGCUUGUGUGCAAAAGGGAGACUAUUGCUAAGAAGAGGAGAUUGAGCAGGAGGAGAUGGGUCAGGAGGAUCUGAAGGACAAUCACUGAGACCAAAAAGACUCAUAGGAAAGAUGAAGAAACUGAGCGAGGCUCACGCGUGCAGCUGUUUGUUGUUUUUGCUUAGAUCUGUAACUAGUGUGCUUGCCUAAAGAGAAUAUCCUGUAUUAAACUUGUCCCAAAAUCUAAAAGAAGAAUAGUGUGUGAAAUAAUGGCAACUGGAGACUUAAAAGGAAGUUUACGCAAGCUAGAACAAGGACUUCGCUUGUUAAACUAUCCUAGAGAUGUGGAUUACACAGGCAGUUUUGUAAAGGGUGAUCCAGCUGCGUUUUUACCCAUCAUCAGUUAUUCCUUCACGUCCUUCUCAACUUACAUAGCAGAACUUUUGGUGGAAUCUGAUGUAGAGCUCACGGCUAAAAGCGAUUUGCGUUUUAUUGAAGCUAUCUAUAAGCUACUUCGAGAUCAGUUUCAAUACAAACCAGUUUUAACAAAACAGCAGUUUCUCCAGUGUGGCUUUGCAGAAAGGAAAAUACAGAUUGUUUGUGACAUUAUCAGUGCUGUAAUGAAAAAGCAUAAGGAAUUAAGUAAUAUGAAUAAGGCUAAAUCUCAAACAAGAAAAAAAAACAGGUCUUUAAAAUCUGAGUCACAAGCAAAUUGUGAGAAACUUCUUGCUGAUCCUGUUAUUUGCAGGACUGUGAUUUCUCAGCAGAAACCUCAAGUGGAACGUCACCCAAAUAGUGAAGUUAACAUGCAUGGCUAUAAUACAGCCAUUCCAGUAAAUGAAGAUAGUGAAGAAGAAUCCUGUGUAGCUGAUGAUGUUUUGGAAGUUGUGUGUGAACAAGCCACAGAAGAUAAUAGUCAAAUCGAGCUGCUAAAGAGCCAGCUUGCUGAUUGCCAAGAAAAACUUCAUAAGCUAAAUUGGAUGGAAGGUAAACUACAUGUUUUAGAAGAGAGACUGAAAGGGAAGGUGAUUAUAGAUGAGAAGGACUGGAAUAAUCUCCUGAGCCGGGUCUUGCUUCUUGAAACAGAACUGUUAUUGCAGUCAAAAAAGAGUGACUUAUCUACAGAAUUUAACAAUAUGAGUGAAGACCAUACCUCUAGUAGGAAUAUGACUCCAGUUUCUCCUGAUAUUGAGAGGAAGGAGGAGAUGCCAGAGAGUCUUCAUCAGUCGUCUGGAUACAGUUCACUAUUAUCCACAGACCCAUCUCCUAAAGCCGCAACCAUUAAUUAUCAUGGUUUGACAGAGAUUUCAAAGGAGACAACAAGACAAAGAAUGGAAAGGAUAAGUAAAAUUGCAGGCUUGAGGACCAUGGUUUACAUCCUGUUGGAAACACUCCAGCUGGGACUUGCAUAUAGCACCCAAGAGACUUUCAUACAUACCAUCUUGCCAUCUGUACUGUUCAAUAAGACUUAAUGAAAACUUAAAUGCACAUAUUGUAAAUGUGUACCUUUUUUUGUUUUGUUUUUUUAAUUAUAAAUUUUCAUGGUUUAGUCAGAAAGCACCCCAACACAUUAUGGCUUCCAUUAACACUGACAAAGUGAGGGUCAUUUGGAUCCUAAACACUAAAAUGUGUAAGUCAGUCCACAGACUUUGACUAUGAGAGAUGUGGUGAGUGUUUUAGUGCUCUAUUACCCAACACAUUUUAAGACCAGCAGCACAGAUGGAGACCAUCCAGUGUACAAAGACAUACAACAUUUUUAUGAUUUGAAACUAUAUAAAAUUUCUCUUAUGAGACAUAAGUUGAUGUAAGACUUCCAUAAACAUGAUAUAGUAAAAUCAAAGGUGUGAGCGUGGGCUGGAUAGAGAGAUGGGAUUUCAUCCUUCUUUUUUAAAUUAUUGGAUAUUUACAGUGUUAUGUAAGGAAGCUUUUUACAACAUGCUGUAGCUAUUCGUAUUCCUUUGAUUCACAUGAAAAGAUCAAAAAAUGACAUUGCAGCAGCUGAAGAUAUCAAGUUUUUAAUGGUAUAAUUUUCAGAUGGAGCAUCUGUUUGUUCUUCCUUUGUAAAAAUGAUCUAUUUGAUUUAAUAAUCAUUAUGAAUAUGUUCCUCCAUAAAUAUGUGGUUGAUUUCAUUUUACAUAUUCAAACUGAGUAACAUACAAUAAUCUGUUGUUGCUUCAUAAAUUUCAUAAAGC